GCAGAGGAGGAGAGCGCAGAAGUUCUUCCGGGAGGAGAGGAGACCUGUUUUGAGUCAUGCCAGGGGCCGGACAGGCUGGGGCAGCCAUGGCCGCAGCUCUAAUCUGGAUUCUUCUUAUGGGUCUCCUGGCAGGGCUGGGGGACGCCGAGGCCCAGGAGACCACCCUGCAGCCUCUUGUGGGCCGUGUCUUCGUGCACACCUUGGACCAGGAAACCGUCCUGCGUGGUCCUGAGCACGCCGAUGUCCCCCCCACCGCCCCUGUCACCUACCACGCCCACCUCCAGGGACACCCAGACCUGCCUCGGUGGCUCCGCUAUACCCAGCGCAGCCCCCGUCAGCCUGGCUUCCUGUACGGCACCCCCACCCCCGAAGAUCGUGGGCGCCAGGUCAUCGAGGUCACAACCUACAAUCGGGACAGAUUUGACACCACCCGGCAGAGGCUGGUGCUGUUGAUUGGGGACCCAGAAGGCCCCCUGCUGCCAUACCAAGCUGAGUUCCUGGUGUGCAGCCAUGACGUGGAGGAGGUGCUGCCCUUGACGCCUGCCAGUCGCUUCCUCACAGCCUUGGGAGGGCUCUGGGAGCCGGGGGAGCUCCAGCUACUCAACAUCACCUCCGCCUUGGACCGUGGGGGCCGCGUCCCUCUUCCCAUUGAGGGUCGCAAGGAAGGCGUUUACAUCAAGGUGGGCUCUGCCUCACCCUUCUCCACCUGCCUGAAGAUGGUGGCAUCUCCCGACAGCCACGCUCGCUGUGCCCAGGGUCAGCCUCCACUUCUGUCCUGCUAUGACACCUUGGCACCACACUUCCGUGUUGACUGGUGCAAUGUGUCCCUGGUGGAUAAGUCCGUGCCAGAACCCGCAGAUGAGGUCCCCACCCCAGGUGAUGGGAUCCUGGAGCAUGACCCGUUCUUCUGCCCUCCGACUGAGGCCACGGCCCGAGACUUCCUCACCGAUGCCCUGGUCACCCUCCUGGUGCCCCUGCUGGUGGCUUUGCUGCUCACUGUGCUGCUGGCCUACAUCAUGUGCUGUCGGCGGGAGGGACGACUGAAGAGAGACCUGGCCACCUCAGACAUCCAGAUGGUCCACCAUUGCACCAUCCGCGGGAACACAGAGGAGCUGCGGCAGAUGGCAUCCAGCCGGGAGGUGCCCCGGCCGCUGUCCACGCUGCCCAUGUUCAACGUGCGCACGGGCGAGCGGCUGCCUCCGCAAGUGGACAGCGCCCAGGUGCCCCUCAUCCUGGACCAGCACUGAGGGCACAGCCAGUUCCAGACCCGGCCUCCCUCUCCUCUCUCCCCACCACGCACAGAGCAGCUGGCCCACAGCCACAUCCUUCCUCAGGAUUCCGGCUCUUGGCCUGAUGGCCCCCAGGCUUGGAACAAGCAAAGAGAUGGUAGGAGGGGGAGGUGAGGCUGUUUGGGAUCCGGACCCCCAGAAUAAAUAGCUGCCACUCUGCUCACUGUUGCUGUGCCAGUUCCUUCUCAGCAGCCUCCCACCACCACUAAUUGCCUCAGUUUCCCUUUCUGCCUUCUGGGAGUCCUCAGUGUGAGCCAGGGACUGCCAGCCUGCCCUUUGGACUCUGGGCAUUUUGCUGGUUUCCCAACUUCUCUGGAAGGAAGAGGGAAGGACCUGCUACCUGUGGCCCUGGUCUUACUCGUCGGACAGAACCUGACAGCGAGGCGUUACUGGGUCGUCCCACUUUACAGAGGAGGAAACUGAGGCCAGGGAGUGUAAGCAACUUCCUCAAGGUCACAGAGCAAGCAAGUGGCAGAGUUUGGAUUAGAACCUGGUAUGUUGGGGCACCUGGGUGGCUCAGUCAGUUAAGCGUCUGCCUUCGGCUCAGGUAAUGCUCCCAGGGUGCUGGAAUCGAGUCUCGCAUCAGGAUCCCUGCUCAGCUGGGAGUCUGCU